UUCGCUCUCCUGCAUACAUGCAGUAAUAAAAUAGCUUGACCACAGCUGACCGUGCUGCAGACCUUUUCUUUUACAGAAAAUUCCCCGACACAUUCCCGUUGUACGUGUCAGUUGUUACAGAAAUAAGGUUUACAGCAUGAAUGUUUAAAGCUAGAGAAAAAUUGAGAAUGUAGCAGUUGGCAUAUUCUCGCUCGCUCUCGCUAGAUGACCAAUUAUUGUUGCAAGAGAGACAUCCACCCCCUCACCAGAGGAUUAUUUAUUGAGAGAGAGAAACCUGCACACCCCUGUCUCCUCAGUUGUUGUCAACAAGGAAGAAAGAAGAGUGCUGAACUGUUUAAUUCUUUGGGACAUAGAUUCAGCAAUUUUCUGGAAAUUUCCCUCAGAGAAGGAACUCUUUUAUUGUCAGUCUUAUUCUAUUUGUCACAUGGGAAGCAUUGCAUUGAAGAAGUGAAUAUGAUUGUCGUCCAACUCAUCAUACUUAUUUUGAUUUUUAACCAACAUGUUGCUGGUUUGACAUGCAACAGAGGUGAAAAAGUAUCCCGUAAUGGAAAUACCUGCGACGAGUGCCCAGCAGACUAUUACCAGGAUCAAGAAAAUACAAAAAAACAUUGUAAACCAUGUACAAGGUGUGAGUCUAAUCAUGGUAGUGUCAUUAAACAGGAUUGUACCAAAUUCACAAACAGAAAAUGUGAGUGCCGUAAAGACUUUAUUCCACGGGAGAGUGAUUAUUCCAUCUGCCAAUGUGCCGAGGGAUUUAAACAAACAGGAGGAGAAUGUCAAAAAUGUGAAGAAGGAUUUUUCAUUACAUCUGAAAACUCAGACUGUAAAAAAUGGAAAGAAUGUACAUCAGGAGUGAAAAUCAAUGGAACUGCAACGUCAGAUGCCAUCUGUAAUGAGCCAAACAGUAAUACUCAUACCACUACACCUCCCACAUCAAAAACAAUUACUACUCUUCAAAGUUUAAUAACUCAACGUCCACAGUGGGAGGCCCAAACUCAGGAAAUGGAUACUAGAUCUGUUAGCUCUCCUCCACGAGUAGCCACUUGUAGAAAGAAAUCCAUAUCAUUUUGGCGCAGUUUCCGUUGUUUCUGAGAUGAAGGCGCAGAUUUAAAAAAAAAAAAAAAGCUAUGUAAACUGUAGCUGACUUUUUUUGUCUUACCAGGUAUGGCUCAUUAUUUAGGAAUUUCAAAUUUGUAAUCUUUAAAAGGCUUUUGUCACUCUGACAAUCAGGGAGGAAGGAAACUGAAUACUUAUAACUGGAAUUUGUCCCAAAUUUGUUUACACGAGCAAUCCACGAUAACUUAGAUGUAUAUACAGCACUCAUAUUCAUUACAUGUAUACAACUGCCACUACUGCCACUGUGGUUUAGUAAUUAAAAGUAUUUUACAGUUAUCUUUUUUAAAAGAUUUUCUGAAACAUAUGAAUCUGUAAAAGUAGAGACAUUUAAAACAUCUUGUGUAUUAUCUGUAUCACCAAAACAUUAUAUCCUAUUAAUGCGCCUGCAGCCACACAACUCUGAAGUUGGGCAAAAGAUGUGCUCUAGGAUGCGGCUGUGUUAUAUAUGGGAAGUGCUGAUUGGGCCAAGUGCAGCUCUUUCAUCAGUGGCAAUAAAUAUGUAAUUAACUUUUA